CCUCCCCACUAUAUUCCCAACCCAUCGAGCCGCGCUGCGCCUUAUCAGUUGCGCUUCGGAGCAGAGCCCAACACGGCCCAAGCUGGUGCGAUGGAGAAUAGCUCAUCCGCCGCGCUUCUCGUCUCCUGCAUGUGGAUGUUGCUUUGCGGCUGCUAUCUCGUCGGCUGCACGGCCAAAGAAGUGGAUCUGCUCAACACGAUGGGCAUCCAGGGCGAGAUGGGCUGGCGAGCGUUUCCUCCUACAGGGUGGGAAGAGAUCAGCGGCAUCGGAGACCAGAAUAUGCCGGACCGCUUCUACCAGGUGUGCAACGUCAUGAAGCAGAAUCAGAACAACUGGCUGCGCACUCACUGGAUCCGGCGCGACGGGGCGCAGCGCGCCUACGUGGAGCUCAAGUUCACGCUGCGCGACUGCAACAGCAUCCCGGGCGUGUCGCGCACCUGCAAGGAGACGUUCAACCUGCUGGUGCGCGAGACCGACUCGGACGAGGAGCCCGAGCUGCAGGAGGGGCUCUACUCCAAGAUUGACACCAUCGCGGCCGACGAGAGCUUCACGCACGUCGACGUGGGCGACCGCGUGCUCAAGCUCAACACGGAGGUGCGCGAGAUCGGCCUCCUUAGCCGCAAGGGCUUCUUCAUGGCCUUCCAGGACGUGGGCGCGUGCGUGGCGCUCGUGUCGGUGCGCGUCUACUACAAGAAGUGCCCGGCGGUGGUGCGGGAACUCGCCUCCUUCCCCGACACGGUGACGGGCACCGACUCGUCCUCGCUCGUCGAGGUGCGCGGCUCGUGCGUGCGCAACGCCGUGGCCAGCGGCGACCCCAGGAUGCACUGCAGCACGGACGGCGAGUGGCUCGUGCCCAUCGGGCAGUGCGUGUGCCGCCCGGGCUACGAGGCCAUCGGCAGCAUCUGCAAAGCUUGCCCUCUCGGCUAUUACAAGGAAGCGGCGGGGGACGAACGCUGCUCCCUGUGCCCUGCGCACAGCUACUCGACACGGGAGACACCCGCGCGCUGCUUCUGCGAGGCCGGCUAUUACAAGGCCGAGAGCGACGCCGUCAGCAUGGCUUGCACACGCCCCCCGUCGGCGGCGCGCAACGUGAUCUCGAGCGUGAACGAGACGUCGGUGAUCCUGGAGUGGAGCCCCCCCCAGGACAGCGGGGGCCGCGGCGACGUGAGCUACCGCCUCGUGUGCCAGACGUGCGGCGGGGGCAGGGACGCCGCCGCCGCCGCCGCCGCCGCCGCACCGUCGUCGUCGACAGCGGCGACGUUGACGGCGGCGACGUCGCCGUGCGCUCCGUGCGGGGACAGCGUGCGCUUCCUGCCGCGGCGCGAGGGCCUCGCGGUGCCCGGCGUCACCAUCGCGCACCUGCUGGCGCACACCAACUACACCUUCCGCAUCGAGGCGCUCAACGGGGUCUCCCGGCUCAGCCCCGCGCCGCCCAAGGCCGUGUCCGUGUCGCUCACCACCAACCAGGCCGCACCUUCUGAGAUCCUGGUGGUUCAGAAGGAAGGGGAGACACGGGACAGCCUCACGCUGUCGUGGAGUGAACCCCAGCAGCCAAAUGGAAUAAUUUUGGAAUACGAACUCAGCUGCUGCCACAAGGACUCGAAGGAGCAGAACUGCACGCUGGUGAAGGCCAGCGCUCGUGGUGCCACCGUGUCAGGGCUGCGGGCGGGCGCCGUCUACACGUUCCGCGUGCGUGCGCGCACAGCCGCAGGCUUUGGAGCCUACAGCACCCGGGUCUUCUACUCCACCAGCCAAGCGAGCCCCCUGACAGGAGAAAUGAAGGAGAUCACCAUCUUGGGGGCUUGUGUCUCCAUGGUGAUUUUGCUGCUCAUAUUCUUCAUCGCCUGUUUCAUCAGCGGAGGACGUUGCCGACACACAAAAGGAGGCCACGUGCCGGACGAAGAGAAGCUCAACUUCUGGAGCGGUCACAUAAAGCUGCGGCGGAUAAAGACCUACGUGGACCCACACACGUACGAGGAUCCCGCGCAAGCCGUGCACGAGUUCGCCAAGGAGAUCACCGUCUCGUGCAUUUCCAUCCAGAGGGUGGUGGGAGCGGGAGAGUUUGGGGAGGUGUACAGCGGGGUCCUGCGCGUGCCGGGCCAGGCCGAGGCGCCGGUGGCCAUCAAGACCCUGAAGGCCGGAUACAGCGAGAAGCAGCGCAGGGACUUCCUGAGCGAGGCCAGCAUCAUGGGCCAGUUUGAGCACCCGAGCAUCAUCCGCCUGGAGGGGGUCGUCACCAAGACAACGCCUGUAAUGAUCAUCACGGAGUACAUGGAGAAUGGAUCCCUGGACUCCUUCCUCCGGAAACAGGACGGGCAGUUCAGCGUGGGCCAGCUGGUGGGCAUGCUGAGGGGCAUUGCGGCCGGCGUGAAGUACCUGUCCGACAUGAACUACAUCCACCGUGACCUGGCCGCUCGCAACGUCCUGGUGGACAGCAAGCUGGUGUGCAAGGUGUCCGACUUCGGGCUGUCACGGGGACUGGAGGACGAUCCGCAGGCCGUCUACACCACCCACGGCAGCAAGAUCCCCAUCCGCUGGACGGCCCCGGAGGCCAUCGCGUUCCACAAGUUCACGACGGCCAGCGACGUGUGGAGCUUCGGCAUCCUCAUGUGGGAGGUCAUGUCCUACGGAGAGAGGCCCUACUGGAACAUGACGAACCAGGAUGUGAUCCAGUCGAUCGAGGAGGGCUACCGAUUGCCGUCACCCAUGGACUGCCCGCCGGCGCUGCACCAGCUCAUGCUCGACUGCUGGCAGAAGGAGCGCACGGAGAGGCCCAACUCUGGCCAGAUCCUCGUCUACCUGGACAAGCUCCUGCAGAACCCCGCCAGCCUCAAUGUCCCCUCGCACAGCAAUGCACAGGUUUCGGAUCCGCUGCUCGGCCAGGCUGUGCCGGGUUACACCACCGUCCGCACCGUGUCCGAGUGGCUGGAUGCCAUCCACAUGGCACGAUACCGUGACAACUUCUUGGCUGCCGGUUAUACGUCCCUGGAGGCAGUCCGGCACAUGACGCUCAGUGACAUUCACAGAAUAGGAGUCACGCUGGUCGGGCACCAGAAGAAGAUUCUUAACAGCAUUCAAGUGAUGAGGGCCCAGACCCUGCCAGCACACAGCACAGGUGUAUGAGGGAGUCACGCGGCUUCUCCAACAACACGGCAAAUGAGCGACACCUUCCACUGACCCACUCAUCUCUUACGCGCUCCACUCGCUUGCCCAGCGCACCACGGACUCCUCACUCGAUCACUCCUCACUAACUCCUCACUCACGACGCCACGACGAAGAGAGAGAGGCAGCACUGUUUGUGGCCCAUCGGUGGUGUGUCUUCGGAAAUUUGAAACGUAUUUAUGGGGAUGGUGAUGCCGUUGCGAUGGGAAUGAAGCGUCUGCAAGGGUUGGCAUUGGAUGUUCCGUCUUGGCGGGUGCUUCUCUGAAGGCACGGAGCUGGGAGUCCAUGUAUCUGCCGCGUAAAGAGACACACCACUGUGGUUGACAAAGAGUGCCGUGGCUCAGCUGGCGGGUCAUCGGACGUUGAGAAGGAACGAAUGGGGAUUUGCUCUGUUACCAGACAUCAUGCCAGAUUCAUAUUGAAUCCGGCUAAGCAAGUGGACUUGUUGGUAUUUUGUUGGAAAGCACAUGCUUUGUUCCUGCUCCAGGGAUGUGCAAAAUGUCUGAAGGACGCUUUGUCUGUGAUAUAUAUAUAUUUUUAAGCAAAGCGCUCUGGGUCAAGGACACUUUAUACUGCUUCUGUAAACUUUGGUGUCAAUUCUGAAGAAAAGAACUGCUCUUCGUUGUUGUGAUAUGAAAGUGUGGCUGUUUGUGUAUGCCCUGCUAUUUUGUUAUGAUGUGUCUGUUAUUCACAACACGCAGCUCGUCAACACAUCCGCAAUAGAUUAGGCCGUCAUCUUUGCCAUAGCCACUCGGACAACAUUCAUGUCAUGUUCUGCCUCAGCGAGUGCCAUUUGAAUGGAUGUGCUAUGAGCUAUUUCAGCACAGCUGUCUUCAGGGUUCAUAGGCAAAGCUCUACAUUCCUUCCACUGCAUUACAGAUCUAUAAAUUCACAGAUGAGACCAAGGUAGGAUAACCUGGAUGAAGACUUCAGUGUGGAUAAGGCCAAAGUGACCUGCCUUGGCUUUAAAAUCCCCACACGAUGGCUGGCCCAAGGCGUUAAUGUUCAUGCAUAGAUACGGCAGCCUUUCUCGAAUGACCUAUUUUGCCCACACCUGCCAUGAGGAAUGUGGAAGCCUCUGAUAAAUCACUGAAGCAAAUGGAAUUGGGAAUUUAGAUCUCGGUUCCGACAAUAUCUGGCCACAUACAUUUAUCAGCACUUCUUUACUGCAAAGGAAGCUCUGUAACCUUUGCUUGCUAUAGUUCGGCACAGAGUGCACAUCAAAUAUCGUAGAAUUGCUUUACAAACCCUCCAAUAUGAUAAACCUGGUUCAUAUAUAUUUUUUAAUAUAACGUUAUAAAUAGGACACACCUUCAGUGAAAUAAUUAAUCUGAAAACCGUAACAAUGAGCGAUGGUUAAUGACCAAACUCCUUCGUAUCACCAACUCACCACUUUAAAUAAGACAAUUGUCAGUACGUGACAAUUUGUAAAGCACUUUUAUUUAGGGAACGCUACAUACAUUUUAAAGAAAUUCUUCGCAGUACUAAUAGCUACAGCUACAGGAACCAGUUACUUAAUUAACAGUGGGGAAAAAAAAAACCUGUCUCUGCCCAACGCAGUAACAAAUGCUUCAGCUGUUUGAAGCCCAAAUGUGUAAAGUGUAGUGUGGAGAGCGCUCGACUAAUUCUCCCGAUGUAAGUUGGCUGCCUUGGCUCGUUGUUCCUCUGAGCCUUUGGCACAUUGACUGAAACACAAGUAACACGUGAUAUGCAAUACCUUGUAACCUGACGAGAACAAUGGCACCACUGAAUGGAAUAUCGACACUCUAGGGAAGCGUUAUUUUAAAGGCCUAUCGGACAGAGAAAAUUUAAAUUGGUUUUAUCACCACCCAGGAUAACAUCAUGGUCUGCACAUGCACAUACGGGAGCUUUAAUCCGACUCAGGAUUAUGAAAAAUGGCAUCACGAGAAAAGAGAUUGGUAUCAACAAGCCACUGCAAAGCCAAGGUGCUACAUGAUCAGUAACAUGACUUUUGUUUAAACCGAUAAGCAUAUUAUUAUUGUUGCUUAUAAAUAAAAUGUAUAUUAGUGUAAAAAAACAUAGUUUAAAUUAAUGCACACAGACAAUACAAAACUUUCCACAAAGCCAGCAAAUUUGAGUCUCAAUUUAAAAUGCUUAAAAAGUGUUAACUCCAACAAAUGCUUUGCGUGUAACUGACUUACUGUAGAUAAUCAUUGUGCUGAAAAGUGUGCAUAAUUUAUGAUAUUGUACAUAACAAAAAAACUUUGAUCAAGAUGUAAAUGUUAUGGGGGUAGAUAUAGGAUUUAUUUCUAGCCUCGAUGUUUGUGUUUAGUGUUUUGAAUCUAUCACUUUUUUUGUUGAGAGCAAUUAGCACACACUUCGUGUCGUGAUAUUUCCGUUCAUAGCAAUCGCAGGCACAUUAUUUCUCCACGUGCUACUAUAGCCUGAACAAAGCCCUUGUGCCUACCAGUGACAUCGGUCAUCAAUGGAUGUUGAAAACCACCCAAUGCGUCAGUCUGUAGUUGGUCAUGGCAUGUCGUUUUAAAGAUUAGACUUGAAUGUGAUGGAACUCCUUUGUAUACAUUUAUUUUGUAUUUCAUUUUGUAUUGUUUCCUGCUCCCACUCCCCAUAUCUUCUGCUACGUCUAUAUUAUCUUCAUCUGGUUAGAAUGCUAACACUAUAGAUUUGAAUAACAAUGAUAAUGGUAAAUAAAGCAGCAACAGUAAUUAUGACUAAAUGAAAUCUUUAUUUAUUAUAAGGCUGGAUUCUGUAUAAGGCCUGGUACUGCUCAAGUUUUGUAAAAUAUUUUUGUAUAAUAAAUGGUUGAAUUGACCUGGUCUCAA